AUGACCAACGUCCAGGCGCCACCAGUGGCCGCCCUCUUCCUUGCCGUCUUCGACCAAAGGGUAGGAUACACCCUCGCUUGGAAAAGGACUGUACCAUCUGAUCUGGAUCUCUCUGGCGUCGAGUAUCACUCCUUACCUUCUGGUCUCCAUGGCGUGCAAAGUGAUGUAGUCUAUUUUAUCCACGACGGCCAGUAUGCCGCGGUCAGCGCCUUUGCGCAGGAGAAAGCAGAUGAAACACACCGCAAUGCCCGGUUUUGUGCGGUCGGAGCGCUCGUACCGCUUAGCUAUGGUAAACUCGGGAGAAGCUGGCUCUAUGCGCCCGAGUUGAGAAGACUUGCGCGCGAGUAUCUCAGCAACCCCAACGACAUGCGAUCACUGGAGCUAUUCUGGACGAAACACAAGCAAGGAUCUAAGAGCGACGCUCGAUCAUCGUCUCCUACCGAGCAUCGCGGGUCAGUCAAUGCCAACCUGAAGCGGAAACGUGGACUCUCCGAUGCCACGCCAGUUCUAGGAUUGGACGCUACUACCGCUGCUGACCAUCCAAGCCUCUACAUGUCGUCACUUCUCGACUCGUUCGGGCCCUUAAUCUUCCCUCUACACCGAGCGGCGCUUCUCCGGAAGCGCAUACUCCUCCUCGGCGCGCCUCCAUUGCAACGGAAUUGCAGUGCAGUCUACAUCCUGUCCAUUUUGUCAAACUUGCCGGCGGCCUCCACGGAGCUACUGCAGCCUAACACAGAGGCGAUACAUCGUUCGCACCCGCUGUUCAGCAUUGGCAUUAACGACAUACCCGCUCUCACCAGUAACGUGGACAAGGCAGGUUACAUUGCAACAUCCACCGACGACAUUCUCGGCGAGAAGCAUCAACUCUAUGAUAUUCUGGUCGAGCUUACACCGGGCGAAUCCGGCUCCAAGCGUAGAUGGCCCCGGUUACGGACAUCAGACGGCAAGAUAAUAAAAGCCACCCAGCGCGACUUGCGUAGGUAUCGCCGGCUGCGCAGCGAGCUAAGACAACUCCGCCUCGCUCGAAACCGUUAUCGAGACGAAGCCAGCGACAAUGACAACGACAACGCUACCGACGUUAACGAACAAGCACCACUUAUCCGAACAGACAGCCUACUCAACCACAGCCCCACCACCGAACCCCUCACUAACGGCGAACACGAAGUCGUCGAACCCCCAACCUGGACCGCCAUAGCCUACACAUCGCUAAUGUUCUGGGCUACCUACGGUUCAGCCGAAGCGACCGCAGCCGCGGACGGGGAGACAAACUUCGACGCGUCACUGCUAGAAGAUCUUCCCGACCUACACGACGCCCUGUCGAACUCUACGACGCUUCCUCCUUCCUCCGCCAAGAACGAUGAUGCUGCGCAGAUGGAGGAAGCGCAAGAAACCGCUACGGUGCUGACAGCGUACUUCCACCGCCUUACCGACCGCAUCGUGCAAGCGCUCGCCGAGAUAGUGGCGGAAGCGGAUGAUGAGACCGAAACCGGGGUGGAGGAGGACGCGAUUGUUAUUAGUGGGGAGGAGGUUCGGGGGAUGGGACUUGAUGGCUCGAGUGAGGGUGAUAGGGAGUUUGUUCGGGGGAUGAUGGAGUUGUAUUUCGGAAGGGAAGCGAAAGUUGCAGAGGGAGAAGGGGUGUGGGUUUGUGGUGUGAGAGUGUGCUGA